AUGUCAAACGUAGCCCCAACCAGUGGCAUAUCAGAGGGAUGGACCGAUAUCGUCACGACUUGCUCAACCUACGUUGCUCAAAUCCAAGACAGGCAGCCCAUUACAGAUGGCGCGGACAGCGAAUCUAUCAACAAGGCGUACACGGAGUUCGUUCGUGUCCAUCAAGUCGCGCUCAACAUAUUGAUCGCAAAGUGCCCACGGGCCAAUCUUUUCAACAUUGUCCCUUUCAUCGUCCAGCCCGUUGCCGCUGUGCUGCGCAAAGUCGAGGACGCCAUUGACAUAAGUGAUCGUCUGCGCACAGGAAUGACAUCAAAUUCAACGAACUGA